AUCACAGAAAUGAGUAUAAAGCUAAAUCAAACUUACAUUGAUAGUUGACUCAGUUCUCUCUCAAAGUCACAUAUAUGAUGCUGCAACUCAAGAUAGUGACCAUAACCGCGAUCUGCUUGUGGUGGACAUGGCAUGAUGAUCUUCACGGUGCAGUUGUUGUUGUUGCAGAUCCACAAACAAAUCUAAUAAACAAAGGGUGCAGUUCAUACUCGCUAAACGGAACAGACUUGAAGAAUUUACAUGCCAAUGUGAAUGGAACUGUUUCAACGAUGAGGGGAGAGAUAACGGGAAGUGGAAAGUAUUUUGGAACAUCACAACAAACAAGGGGAGAGGUAGCAACUUAUGCUCUCUUUCAGUGCAGAGAUUACCUCUCUCAGACCGACUGCCUCGCUUGCUUCGACGCCGCCGCCGCGCAGAACCGCAACUGUUCCGAUGGUAGUAAUGGUGCCAGAGUCACCUUUGACGGCUGUUUUCUAAGAUAUGACAGUGAUAUGUUCUACGACAAGACCACAGAACCUGGGAACGAUGGUGUAUUAUGUGGGAGCAUGCCUACAUCAGACACAGCUACUACUUUUGGUGCAACUGUAACUCAGGCUCUGAAGAAUCUCCAAUUAGCAACACCAAGAAUCAAAGGCUUCUUUGCUGCCACUAAAACACUAAUAGCUAGUGGCGGCGGUUCCGUGUAUGCUGUCGCGCAAUGUGUUGAAACCGCCACUGAAAGCUCUUGCUUGGAUUGCUUGACUUUUGGAUUUGUUAACUUAAAGAGUAAUUGCAUUCCCAACAUAGAUGGUAGAGCUUAUGAUGCAGGGUGCUUUAUGAGAUACUCAAAUUUACCCUUCUUUUCUGAUAAUCAAACCAUUGACAUCACUCCCUAUUUAAAACAAGGAGGUUCAAGCAAUAAAUGGGGCAUUAUUGGUGGUGUUGGGGGAGGCAUUGCUCUUUUUGUGAUCAUCUUCAUUGCAUUAUUUUUCUGGUAUAAACGAUCCAACAAGAAAAAGGAAGAGGUUCAUAGAGGUGAUAUAUUGGGGGCAACUGAAUUGAAAGGUCCAAUUAGUUACAGCUAUAAUGAUUUGAAAGCUGCAACAGAAAAUUUCAGUGAAAAUAAUAAACUUGGAGAAGGAGGCUUUGGCGAUGUAUACAAGGGAAUUCUGGAAAAUGGAAAAGUUGUGGCAGUCAAGAAAUUGAUUCUAAGCCAAUCCAAGAAGAUGAAGGAUGAUUUUGAAACUGAAGUAAAACUUAUAAGUAAUGUGCAUCAUCGUAACCUUCUUAGACUUCUUGGAUGUUGCAAUAAAGGUCAAGAGAGAAUCCUUGUUUAUGAGUAUAUGGCAAAUAAGAGCCUUGAUAAAUUCUUAUUUGGUGACAAAAAAGGUUCUCUUAAUUGGAGGCAACGUUACGAUAUAAUUAUAGGCACAGCUAGAGGCUUAACAUACUUACACGAAGAAUUUCAUGUUUCUAUUAUACAUCGAGAUAUAAAAACUAGUAAUAUUCUUUUGGACGAUGAAUUUCAACCCAAAAUUGCUGAUUUCGGAUUAGCCAGACUUUUACCUAGAGAUCAAUCCCAUCUUAGCACAAGAUUUGCUGGAACAAUGGGAUAUACUGCACCAGAAUAUGCUAUUCAUGGCCAAUUAUCGGAAAAAACCGAUGUUUAUGGCUAUGGAAUUGUGGUUCUAGAAAUUAUAAGUGGUAAAAAAUGUACAGAAGUGAACAUUGAUAUUGACGAUGGCCAAGAAUACCUUCUUAAACAAGCAUGGAAACUAUAUGAACAAGGCAUGCACAUUGAGUUAGUGGAUGAAAGCAUAAACCCUAAUGAAUAUGAUAAAGAAGAAGUGAAGAAAAUAAUAGAAAUUGCUUUGUUGUGCACUCAAGCAUCAGCCACAAUGAGACCAGCAAUGUCUAAAGUAGUAAUCUUACUUAGUAGCAAUAAUAAGGGCUUAUUUGAGAAUAUUCAACCUUCAAUGCCUACUUUUAUUGAGUCAAAUUUAAAGGCCAGGGAAGAUAUCUUUGCCACAAAUAAUAAUUCCUCUACACCAACUAAUUCUAGGGUCAAUGUAUCCAAUGCAACUGUCUCUACUAACUCUAUAGUAUCAGGUAGAUGA